GGGGAGGGAGGUUACAAGAGCUUUUAGCCUAUCACAACCAUGCACAUGGGAGUAAAUCUCUCCUCUCUAUCCCUUCUCUCUCUCUCUCUCUCUCUGUCUCUCCUUCUCACUGCCCGAGUGUGACUUAGCUGUGGCUCUGGUCUGCAUGCACAGCAGUAGGAAGCCAACUGACACACAGUGAUCAUCUCUGCUGCCUCCCUGGUUAAAUCUGCAUGGCAACUUAACACAGAGAUUACACAGAGAGUACUGUGUUUGACCAGCAACUACACAAAUAGAGUAGAUGUCUGAUGCUUGCCUGGUGCUGGAUUAUUAGGAGGAUCAUUUCUCCAAAGCGGGAGAAGUGAUUAGACAUCAGCAUGCCAUUGGUUUCUCCAUAGCAAGAGAGUUUAACAACCUCAACUCUUUCACUGAUUCAGUUCUUCAAGCGUUCAGUUGUGUCCUCGCUGUGGUGCCUCAAGCUGAGCGGAUGGUUCUCUCCAAGGACUCCUCAACUGGUUCCACUCUCCAGUAUUCGUCAGAGCAACAAUGAAUAUUAACAGAGAAGGACAGCAAAUCAAUUAGGUGGAUGUCUGGCUAUCUGCACAAUUUGCACAGGUGAAGGUGUGUGCAGUUUCAGAAAGAAGGGAGAACUUUGGAAAAAUCCCUUACCAGUGUGCUCCGGAAGAACUUGGCGAGAUGUCCAAACCUUCACGUCUGGUCAAGCCCUCCAAGCAGUCCCGAAAGGAACCUCCAGGAAAUCGCUCACACAUGCUGGUCGUCGGGGAGAGGCUGAUGAGGGCUGGCAGUGAGGGCAACCUGGUGAGAUCCAGACCACCCCAGAAGCCUUCUGACACCAAUCCAGUGGGUUCCAAUCCAGAGCAAGCGAGAAGCAACCAGAGGCUGUGCUCCCAUGAGGAUGUGGACAGAAACAGCAGAAAACAAAGCAGUGCAGAUGAGAGUGAGCAGUCUGACCCCUGGUCCCCUCGCACCGUGCCAAGACGACACACAGUAGGAGGGCCUCGCACCGCUGGGGACGUGAUCAUCAUGCAGUCCUACAACAUGGAGCAGAAGAAAGAGGCCUUUCUUGAGCAUUUGAAACAAAAGUACCCCCAUCAUGCUUCUGUCAUUAUGGGGCACCAGGAAAGACUCCAAGACAAGAUCAGGAGUUCUGGGCACAGUGUAACCCCUCAGUCUGCUGUAGGGGAGCCGAGGGAGCAUCUCUCUUUGGCCUCCCUUGAGUCUUUGGAGGCCAUGUCGGAGGGAGAAGCCCCCUCCGCCUUCACCCGAGGCAGCCGCUCUCGAGCGAGCCUCCCCGUGGUCAAGUCAAAUAACCAGACCAAGGACAGGUCAUUAGGUGUCCUCUACCUGCAGUAUGGAGAAGAGACCAAACAGAUCCGAAUGCCCAAUGAGGUGACGGGUGCAGACACCAUCAAGGCUCUGUUUGUCAGUGCCUUCCCUCAGCACCUCACUAUGAAGACCCUGGAGUCCCCCAGCGUGGCUAUAUACAUCAAAGAUGACAUGAGGAAUAUGUACUAUGAGCUGACUGAUGUCAGGAACAUCACAUCACACUCUUGUCUGAAAGUGUAUCACAAAGACCCAGCCCAGGCCUUCAAUCACAACACAAGACCAAAUAAUGGAGAAAUUAGGAUCACAAGAGAAAGGCUCUACAGUGGCAGACAGCAGCCGGGAGGCCAAAGCCCAGUGCACACUCUGCCUCACAGUCCCAUACAUUCAGUCCAGGGCUCUCUGUCUCCUCCUACACCUCGUUCCAUGCCCUCAUCUCCUUCUAGGAUCCCUUUCAGCCACUCUGUUGCCAUGCCUGGUGGUGCCACCUUACCCAGGUCCAACGCACCCUCAAAUCGCUCUAUCACACCCUGCUCCAGUGCCAUCCUGGAGCGACGGGACGUAAAACCGGAUGAGGAUCUGAGCAGCAAGAGUGUUCCUUUGUAUUCAGAAGCAUACGCUUCACCUGAAACCAGGCUCAGUGUCUCCUCAUCACAAGGCAGCCAUUCUGGAGACGUCCCGGAUGGGGCGGCUUACAUCCAGCACCGCUCCUCCAUCAAGUCUGUCGGCGCGUACACAGAUGGCCAGGAUCUGCAGCACUCCCUCUACAGACAGAAAUCUCGAAAGUACAGUGAGAGUCAGCUCGCCUCCAUGGGCUCCAAAACACCGCCUGCUUCUCCUCACAGGGUCAAUGAGGUCAGAAUGAUUGACAUGCUCCCAGGCCAGAACUCCCACAUGCCCUCACAAGGUGUGGCAGCGGAAAGAGCAUCACCUGUGCGUAGAUCUUUCCGCAAGGACAGUAAUGUGGCCAUGGAGGUGGCCACCAGGGUGAGAGGCAAUGUGGCCUCCCCUGUUUUUGCCGACCUUCAGCCCAGUCACGGAGAGAAGCCAUUUCAAGGACACAUGGCAGCCGGAGAUCCUCAGAGUGAAAAAAUAAAGGCAAUGGAGCAGCAGAUCGCCAGCCUUACUGGACUCGUUCAACACGCUCUUAUGAAAGGGCCAAAUACAAGUGCCAAAGAGACUUCCAGUGAGAAACCAGUAAAGAUUGAGUCUUCGGCACAGAAUGGUGGCGUCUGUACUGUAUCAUCAACUAAAGAGCCAGACAGUAUUUCUCCUGUCAGAGACCCUGCUAUGAGCUCAAUCCUCUCCACCUUCAGGAGAAACGUCUCUGACCUCAGACUGCAGCUCCAUCAACUCAAACAGAUGCAGCUGCAAAACCAGGAUGCCAUGAGGCAGAUGCUGCGACAGGCAGAGCUGGAGAUCUCCGAGAGGUUUUCAGACAUUGUGCUGCACCUUAAGGACCCCGUUCAUAGACAGCGAGUCCAGGUGGAAGAGGAAAGACACAGAUAUCUAGGCAUGGAGGAGAUGGUUCUCGUACAGCUCGGAGAGCUGGAAAACUAUGUGGAGAUGCUCAAGAAAGAAUCCAGCUGUGCCAUGAGCAAUCGCCCAGUCACUCUGAAGGAUGUGGAGGAAGGGGCGGUCAACUUACGCAAAGUAGGAGAAGCUUUGGCCACACUCAAAGGAGAGUUCCCAGCCCUGCAGAUGAAAAUGCGUGGCGUGUUGAGGGUGGAGGUGGAGGCGGUGCGCUUCCUUAAAGAGGAGCCUCACAAAAUGGACAGCAUGCUGAAGAGAGUCAAGGCUCUGACUGACACUCUCAGUGGACUGAGAAGAUACACCACUGAAAGCCACAACCAUACUUCUGACCCAGUCCAAGGGAAGGCGUUACCAGCUGAUUCAGUUUCCUUUGUGGAAGAGUAUAGAUCUCCAAAACCUGUUUGUGAGUCCCCGACCCCACAGCCAAGAUCACCUGCCAAAAUCAUCUGCUCGGAGCCCGUACCCACUUCUCCAGUCACGGUGCACCACAUUCAGGGGACUCCCAUCAGCAUGCACCACCCCAGUCCCCCGCUCACACCCACCCAUAGCAGGGACUCCCCCACUGUGGCGAAGGUCAGUCCCAGGAGCAGAGAAAACAGUCCUGCCCUGCUAAAGAGAGCAGCACCACGGGGCCAGGAAGCUGUGCCAGCAACCGCUGUCAUCAACACGACUGGAUCCUCCUCACCAGAGGAGAUCUCUGUCAACACAAGCAGGCCCAUGCCUGACGAGGUUUCUAAACAGGCAGCAGAGGAGGACAAGGUUGAAAUGGAGAGGAUCCUUCAGCAGACUCAGGCCAGCCUUAUGAAGGCCAUACCUGACCUGGAAGUGAGCAAACAGGUGGACAGCGCCUCCUCCCAUCCACCCAGCAUCUUGCCAGAUGAGGUGGACUUUCCACUUCCUGUAUCUUCACUCCCUGAAGCCGCACCGCAGGAUGGACCCAAAGCAGAUAAACCAGCCCAGACCAGUUUGGAGAGGCCACAGAAGCCCCACAGGGCCAGUGUUGACAGAGUACAGCCCAACCCUGAAACGGCCAGCAAAUCUCCUCCCCCUCCCCCUCCACGCAGAUUCUACCCCUCUGGAUCGGGACUCACCACAGGACGUUCGGGAGAGGUGAUCUACACCACCCGGAAAGAGUCCACUAGCUCACAGGAGGGUGAAGAGGAGGCCCCGAAGCCCAAACCCUUGCGUGUGCCCCCAGAGGUCAAGCCCAAGCCCCGCACCCCUCCUCCUGUCAACACCUCCACCUUACAAGAUGAAGAGGAUGAAGGAGAUAAGAUCAUGGCUGAGCUACAGGUGUUUCAGAAGUGCACAAAAAAAGAUUUACAGCCCAGAUAUAUCGUUGAUCUCACAUCCCGUGAGCUCUCAGACAAUGAGAUGGAGCCAGGGCUUUCCCUGUCUUACCACACAAAGCGGACCCCUUCUCACCUAUCUGAAGAAGGAGCACUGUCUGAAAGUAGGGAAGCUAGUGCAACACCUGUUUCACCUGGGGUCAUGUAUUAUAUCACUGGAACAUCAAAAACAUCAAGGCAGAGCACCUCUAGGCCAGAUGACCUAAAGGAACCCAAGGAAGCAACUUUUUCUCCUUCGAAGGUUGCAACUGAGAAUGCUUCUGACAUUUCCCAACAACAAAAACUGUUCAAAUCAAAUGACUUAUCUGUAAUUUCACUUCAGCCAAGCCAAUCAGUCAAGGAGGUCCAAACCAAGCCAAAUAAUAUUCAUGAGGUGCCAUAUAGCCCCUUUAACUCUUUAAGGAACAGCACGGAAGCUGAAAAAGGGGCAUCGCUCAUUAAUCCCAAAGAGCUCAAGGCUGAAUCAGUGCUGAAGUCUCUAAAGCAGGUGGUUCCUACACCUUCUGAGAAAGUUUCACCCGUUGAGGAGAGGUUUGAGGAACAGAUACUGCGUACAUCCUCCGUUGCACCUGUUAUGGACAAGUCAAUAAAGCAUGGACAUCGCACGACCACUGUUAAAGUUACACUUGUUAGCAAGUGUCCACAAAGUGCUGAACCAGUCCAUCAACCCAACACUGAUGCCUCAUUUUCAACACAACCGAAUAACCAUGACAUUGAGCAGGAUGUACCAAAGAGAUCAUCUGAAGAUCAUGCCAGAUACACUGAGGAGGCCAGUCUAAGUCCAGACCUCCCAGGAGACGAAGGUCCUCCUCCACCAAAUAACAUUGCCUUCAGGAUCACUAAGACCAAGGUACAGGCUCUGUCGACUGGAGAGUACCAACAGCUGGUAAACAGUAAAGGCACAGAUGUCCAAACUGUUAAAGUGGGCUCAGAACCAACCCUAUCUGCCCCCGAGGACUCUAGGUUUGACAAGAAGCCGGUUAUCAUCAUUUUUGACGAGCCUAUGGAUAUCUGUCAGGCCUACAAGCGACUGUCCACCGUCUUUGAAUGUGAAGAAGAGCUUGAGAGGGUGCUAUCGGAAGAGAGGAUAGAUGAAGAGAACGAGGAGGAAGAGGAAGCCAACUCAAAGAGUCAGGUCGGUCAGAUAACACCUGCAGAUAAUCUAGAUCAGUUCAGAACUGAGAAUAGGGCAAGCAAUCGGAGUAGUAGUAGCGUUCCAGUGCCUCUACAACAGCAGAGUUCCUUUGAGGGUCCUGCUCUUUCUGUUGAGGAAGGAGACAAGACAGAAUCUGCUAAAGAUGCCAAAAAGAAAUUCAAGUUUAAGUUCCCCAAGAAGCAGCUUGUAGCUAUUGGCCAAGCUCUUCGUACGGGGACAAAAACUGGCAAAAAGACACUGCAGGUAGUUGUCUACGAGGAUGAAGAGGAACCAGAUGGAACCGUGAAGGAGUUUAAAGAAGCUAAAAGGUUUGAGAUCAAGUCCCACGCAGACGAUGAUUCUACCACCCCUAGGUCUUUAUGGCAAAACCAGACCACCACAUCACAGAGCACCAAAGACAGAACUGAGGAACUCCGUAAGACUACUUAUCAAACAUUAGACAGCCUUGAGCAGACCAUUAAGCAGUUGGAAAGUACCAUCAAUGAUAUUGAGCCUACAUUGGUUUCGGAAGUCUCCUGCAAGGAGGAAUCGAAAGCUAAGAGAUUGUCCAGUGAUGCAGAACCGGAGGAGGGCAGUCCCACAAAAAAGCCAGCCCCACUGAAGCCCAAACCCCACAAGUCAUCUCUGCAAAAGAGAUCCAAAACACAGUCUCGAUCCUCCUCAAGCACGUCCACCUCCUCCAGUUCCUCCAGCAGUAAACAGAGCUCUGGGGACUCGCCUGCUUCGAGUCAGACUUCCUCACCCAAGUCUCGCCCGCAGCCAGCAGAGAGUGUGGAAAAACCUGGAAAACCUCAAAAGCUCCAGGACUCCCAGAGGCAAUUCCGUCAGGCUAACGGGAGUGCUAUGAAAGCUGGUGGGAAUAGUAAAGAUGCUUUCCUUGCUUUGCCUGCUUCUAAGAUCCCAGCUUUUAUACCUAGCUCAUGGAAACGUAGCUCAGGCCGUGCUGCUCGUUCUAGGCUGACUAACCAAACCUCUUCCUCUUCUUCUAAGUCCUCUAUCCCAUGUCUCAGUUUGAGCUGGCCCAGCUGUAGACCCGUCUCGCCCUCUCAGCGGCCAGAAGGUCAAAGCCUAACCCUCCCUCCACAGACUCAAAAUGGCCAGUCCUGCUCCUAUUCCUACUCAUCCUCCUCCUCCUCUGUCUCUCCGACCUCUACUUCCACUCCAUACCUCCUGUCUCCCGUCAUGUGCUGGGGAGGUGGAGCUGUACACAUGGCCAGCUUCAGCAGCCGCAGGUCUCUGAAGGCCAGCAGGGGUCAAGCCACUAUCACACCAGCAUCCUUUACUGGGAACAUGGCAUGAGCUGUCCAUUUGUCUCUUUUGCUCAUUCUGUUUGCACUCAUUCUAGUGGUAUUUAAGGUGUAACAGAAAUACCGAUUUAGUUAUGCCGUGUAUUUGGGGUGGUGUUUUUGUCUGUGUGCACUUCCACUGAAAUCCAGAAGUGGUUCAGAAUCUAGAGCCGCAUAUUAUGGAUUUUGUUUCGGUAUAUGUGAGGGAUUAAGCUUGACAGUGUUGGCUUUUUAUUUUAUAGAAGUGCGUUUGUUUACUUACAUGAACUAUAUAUAAUAUGCAGUGCUGUUUUAGAGAAAGGAAAUUAAAUGAAUAUAUUAUAAUAUAGAGUGUUUUAUUUUUAAAUUUGGCGUAUAUUGUGGGAAAACAAAAGCUUCAUAAAAUCUUUUUUUUAUUUUAUUUUUUUUUUUAGGAUUUUCUUUAGGGCUUUUACAAAAAAAGAUAUAAAUAUAACUUACAAAAAAAAAAAAAAAAAAAACAUUUUAGUGCAUAAAAGCUGUCAUUUAGGAAAUCAUUAUUUAAAUCAUUAUUCUAGACCUGACAUUUAUAAAUACUAUUCGAUAUCUCCAGAUCCAGAAGCAGACGACUGGGUCAACAAAGCAAAUUUGUAACUUUGUACACAUUAUCAGAUGUUCAUGCUUCUGUUGAAGAACAAGGUGCUCAAUGGAUCAUUUCAAAUCAUGCUUGAGAACGAUUAUCAGGUUUGACACCAACUUUAAGAGUUAUAAUUUUAUGUAAAACAUGGUGUAAUAAAUAUUAAAAAUGCAGUUUCACCAGAUGUUUCAGACUUUUGGAGCCCACUCUAUAUCUAUCAGAAAUGGUUUAACAGGUUUGCUGUGAUUGAUUUGACAUUUCGAAAUGGAUUUUUUGUUAGUUUUUUUUGCCACUGCACUGGCAGUUUUAACAAUAUGCAGUUUGUAGUGUUUUGCCAUAAAACCAAAGUUUUGUUUUUCAUUUAAAAACAAAGGUGUAUAUAGAGUAGUGUGUGAGUGAAUGAAUGACGUGCAAGCAUCGUAGUGGUUCUGAAGCCUAGUAUUUUUGUGUUCCUUCAUUCGUGUUCUCCUUCAAAUAGCUCAUGUCAAAUGCCAAACAAUAAAGUGAUUCACAUGCUAAAUAUUAUUCUCAAAAAUAUUGGCUGUGAAAAUAAUGUUUUAAAAUUGCAAAUUGUACUCCUAUGCAUGCUUUUAAGAUAUUUAACCAUGGAUACUGCAAAGGUAAAUGCUGUAAAUAUUACCUCUGAUUUUGUAAUCCUGUAUAAAUUGUACAUUGUUUGGAAGAAAAUGCUUGCCAGAGAUGUUUAUCAAAUAAAGGGCUUCCAGUGUAUUUGA